AUGUCUCUUGAAGUCAGCUCUACGAACGUUAACCAAGCAACCAUAAAAUAUCAGAUGCGGAAGCCCAGCAUCACAUUUCUUGUCGAAUGCGACCGAUGCUUUGAAUCUGCCGAGCCCGUGGGUUGCACGGGAUCCGGAACGCCUUGCGUCGCCUGCGACGCCCGCGCCGCUGUCUGCACGUUGUAUGGGGUGGGUGUAGAUGGCAUUAUACGAGUGAACGGCGUGGGCCCGGUCGCGUUCUUCGACGGCCGCUCUUUCUGGCUGGUCAAAGACAUGAAGGACUCCGGUCGGGCGGUCGCGGAGGGUGUCGUCGACUUUACCAUCACGCACCUGCGAAAAGGCGACUGGAAGCGCUGCCAGGGCCCUUCGGUCGAAUGCCCCUUCGAUGUCAUCCCGCUGCAGUUCAAGUUCAGCCGCGAGCACGCGCGGAAGGUGGCGGCCCGAGCACUUUUUAUACAGGGUCAUUCGAAGACAUACGGCGGGUGCAGGGAACAGGAGUUUUUGAAGCUUGGCGACGGCUUGCCCAGAUACGGAAUCAAUUACAGCGACACUCCGUCCCGCCGCAUACGCCCGUGCUUCAGGCCUAGAUCGUCGAGCAAGCGGGAUAGGAGUCCAUCCCCGGAGCCAACUGCACUGAAGACGCAAAAGCUCGAGUUGGAGGAGACCAGCGUCGCGUCCACCAGCAGUGAUUCUUCUAUUCCCAUUCCCUCCUCGCCGUCGGCGGGCGCGACCCCGGGGCCCGUCGUCCCUGAUACGCGAACUUUGCGGAGCCUCCGCCUUGCGCUUGAUCAGUGGAACGUCGUCUGUGAGCUGCUGAUCGCGUCGGCGUUUGCGGUAGACAACGUCCUCUCUGGAUUGCACUGGGACGACGCGGUGUACGCGGAGUUGGAUCGGCUGCAAGGAUUCAACGGGUACGACGCAAUUCGUCGGUUCUUCCGCGACCGGAGGCGGCUCGCUCGGGCGCUGAGACACCCGCUGCCGGAUGGGUUGCAGGUGUAUGAAAACAACGAGGACGAUGAUAGAGAGCUGUAUGAGACGGUGGGGGAUCAAGACGAUGAGCUCCUCUAG